UUCGGUGCCAAAGAGAAAAAAGAACAAAAACCUUUUCUUUAAGAACAAGUAGAAGCAUAAGCAUUCUACUGGCUCCCUCUCUCUGAAAUCUGUAGCUGAAAACUCUCUCGGUUUCGAUAAAGAAAAGGAAUUAAUCGGAAUCAGAUGGCUACCGGUAUGGUAGAAGAUACGAGCUUCGAGGACGAGCAGCUGGCUGCCAUGACCACCGAGGACAUUAUCAGAGCCACUCGCCUUCUUGACAACGAGAUCCGAAUACUCAAGGAAGAAAUGCAAAGAACAAAUUUGGAGUUGGAUUCAUACAAGGAGAAGAUAAAGGAGAAUCAGGAAAAGAUUAAGCUCAAUAAGCAGUUGCCUUACUUGGUAGGCAACAUUGUUGAGGUAAGAAUUUCUUUCUCUUAAUCUCAAUUAUUUUCG